AUGGGGGAUCAACAACAACAACAACAACAACGACAAGAAGAAGAAGAAGAAGGAGAAGCACCAUUGGAAUCCACGCCCCCAUCCCCCGCGACACCCAGGGAGACAAGACCUCCGUCCGCAUACAUCCCCGAAGUCGUGCCGCACCAAGAAAGCUCCAGCUCGUCGUCGGAGCCACACGUGCACACCAUCUUCGAGGCCUCGACGGGCACCUGGCAGUGGAUCGUGGCCGACCCCUCCACCAAGACGGCCAUCAUCAUCGACCCCGUCCUCGACGCCGCGCCCCCGCCACACACGGGCAUCCGCACCACCGCCGCCGACGGCCUCCUGCGCGUCGUCCGCGAGCACGCCUACCGCGUCACCCGCAUCCUGGAAACCCACGUCCACCGCCCGCACUGCCGCACCGCCGCCUGGUACCUGCGCACGCAGCUCGGCAACGCGCCGCGCAUCUGCACGGGCAAGUCCAUCGCCGGCGUCAAGCGCAUGUUCGCGCGGCAGUAUCAGAUCCACGACGCCGGGUGGAGCCGGCACUUCGAUGGGGAGUUCCACGACGGGCAGCGCUUCGGCGUCGGCAAUCUGCAUUGUCUCGUCGUGCAGCCGACGGGGGAGUCGUUUGCCUUUGUCGUGGGGCAUCAUGUCUUUCUCGGCGAGGUUCCAUCGGAGCAGGUGAUGGAGCGGUUGGCGGGGUUUGCGAGGGGGUAUUCGUGGCAUCCUGCCGGUGGGGAGGAGAGGAGGGAGGAGAGGCCGGCGGCGAGUAGUAGUACGCCGGCUUCCCCGGUGGGCUGGGCGACGCCGAGGGGCAGUCUGUCGGCGAUGUAUUCGCCACUGGUAGGCAGUCCGAGGAAGGAGAGGAAGCGGGAGAGGGAGAAGGAGAGAGAAAAGGAGAAGGAGAAGGAGAAGGAGAGGGAGAGGGAGAGAGAGAGGGAAAAGGAGAGGGAGAGAGAGGGGGAAAAAGAGAGGGAGCAGCGAAAUCUGAAUCGACCAGCCAGUCACAUCUACGAAAUGGCAGGAUGA